AUGUAUACAUCAAAAGGAUCAUUUCAAUUUCAAGCACCUGCACCUGAUCAGAUGGCACUGACUCAGGAAAGACUACGAAAUGCACAGUGGCGUCAGCCAUUAGGAAACACUAAAUAUUGGAAUAACAACAGUAUACAGCAGUGGAUCGAUAAAUCAUAUGAAGAGUCGGAAGUCUAUAUAAAGAAACAGAAGGAAGAUGAAAUCGAAGAGUUGAAAAAGAAUCAAGAGAAAUCGAGUAGUAGCAGCAAUCAAGAGAACGAUGGUGGAGGUGGAGAUCCUACAACAUCAACCACGACAACAACAACUCCUGUUGCCGCUGCUGCUACUACAAAUGCUAAUGAUAUAACAACAACAACAACAACAACAACCAACAAUAACAACAAUAACACAGAUGACAUGAAUAUCGAUAUAACAAAACUAAAUACAAACAACAAUAAUAACAACAACAAUAACAAUGAAAAUAAUAAUAAUGAAACAACAGAUUUAACACAAGCCGACAAAGAUAAAGUAAAUUUUAAUUUGAUGAGACAGAAAUAUCGAUCAUUCAAAAAACCAGGCGGAGAGGAGUUCUCAACAAAUCUCCAUCAAGUACAUAUUGAAAGAUAG